CAUCGUGCGUAUCUAAAACAUCUUCAAAUCUAUCUUUGACCGUCGUACUCUCUCUCUCUCUCUCUCUCUCUCUCUCUCUCUCUCUCUCUCUAAUUUUCUCUCAUCAUCAGCCUUCGCCUUUUCGCCGCUGUUGCAGACUCUGCUCAAAACGCAUACACAACACAGCCACCACACAGAAACACGAACACACUUUCACUUCUUCACCCACCACACCCGAAAGAGAGAAAAUAAUACGAUAUCUCCAUUUUGCCCCUCUUCCCCAAACACAUCUCUAUAAAUAUUAUAAUUUCUCCAUUCAUUACCAUAGCAGCGGAAAGAGAAACAACAACUCUCACACUUAUCUUCUUCUUCCUCUCAUUCCAUUCAUCAUUCAUUACUCUGAUCCCACGGCUGCGAUCUUCUCGUUUCUCCAAUCGUACGGCCAGGGGUCCUUUGUCUGCCCAACUCACCUUCUCAGCUUUCUCUCUCUACGUAGAGAGUAUAGCUUCUUUGGAACACUGAAUAUGGAGUCCAAUGGUCAUGCAAGAGUAAGGAGAAAUGAUAUUAUUAAAGAAAAUGGUAAUUCUCAUUUGUCAAAUGUAGAUGAACAUGAUCCAUGGACAGCAUGGGCAUACAAGCCUCGAACCAUCACAUUGUUACUUAUUGGUGCUUGCUUUCUCAUUUGGGCAAGUGGAGCACUUGAUCCUGAAAGAGAUGCAUCUGGUGAUCUUGUCACUUCUGUUAAAAGGGGUGUAUGGGCAAUGAUUGCUGUUUUUCUUGCUUAUUGCCUGCUGCAAGCUCCUUCUACGGUUCUUAUUCGGCCACAUCCUGCAAUUUGGCGCUUGGUUCAUGGGAUGGCCGUUGUUUAUCUUGUUGCCCUCACAUUUUUACUUUUUCAGAAGCGUGAUGAUGCUCGACAGUUUAUGAAAUUUCUUCAUCCUGAUCUUGGUGUUGAACUUCCAGAAAGGUCUUAUGGUGCCGACUGCCGUAUAUAUCUGCCUGAAAACCCUGCAAGCAGGUUUAAGAAUGUUUAUGAGACACUUUUUGAUGAGUUUGUUCUAGCUCAUGUUAUUGGGUGGUGGGGGAAGGCAAUAUUGAUUCGUAAUCAGCCCCUUCUUUGGGUGUUAUCAAUUGGUUUUGAGUUGGUGGAGUUUACUUUUCGUCAUAUGUUACCAAAUUUCAACGAGUGCUGGUGGGACAGUAUUAUUCUUGACAUCUUGAUCUGCAAUUGGUUCGGAAUUUGGGCAGGAAUGCAUACUGUUAGAUACUUUGAUGGGAAAACCUACAAAUGGGUCGGUCUAAGCCAGCAGCCUAAUAUAAUAGGAAAAGUGAAACGAACAUUGGGUCAAUUCACACCAGCUCAGUGGGACAAAGACGAGUGGCAUCCACUGCUUGGUCCUUGGCGUUUCAUUCAAGUGCUUAGUCUUUGCAUUGUAUUUUUGACAGUAGAGCUCAACACAUUCUUUUUGAAAUUUUGUCUCUGGAUACCUCCUCGAAAUUCAGUUGUUAUAUAUAGGUUGAUUUUGUGGUGGUUACUUGCAAUUCCAACAAUUCGUGAGUACAAUUCAUACCUUCAAGACAGAAAGCCAGUGAAGAAGGUUGGAGCAUAUUGUUGGCUCUCUCUUGCCAUUUGCAUUGUAGAACUUCUGAUUUGCAUUAAGUUUGGACACGGCUUGUAUCCUAAACCAAUGCCCAUAUGGCUGGUAAUAUUCUGGUCGAGUGUUGGAGUGGCCAUUGUUACAUUUUUGCUUUUGUGGUCUUGGCAAAUCCAUCGCAGUCUAGGGAACAAGAAGAGGCGAUAAUUUUACAACUACUGCAGUUGCAGCAGUCGCAAUGCAUUAUUCUUUGAUUGAUUCCUUCCUCAUUUUUAUGGAUACCAAUCCAUAGCCAUACACACAUGGUGUAAAUACUAUCAUCAACCUCAUAAUUAAAUUGUAAAUGAAUAUUAAUUCUCCUAGCUUAGUGUAGUGGAUCACAGUUUCUUUGGGCGGCAAAUAUUAGUUCCAGCAGCUGGUAGAGAGGUGUACUUGUUAUUUAUGAGGCUUGCUUUUUGAAUAGGUUUCCACCAUUGGUAAAUUGGCCAAUUUCUUCCCUUCCAUCGGAAUUAGUCAUGCUGAAGCGUGUGUAUCCAGUCAUUUUAAUGAAAUUUUGAGUGAAGAAUGUUUUUGCUUCACCAAUUGUGUUUGAA